AUUGAAACCCAUCCCUUCUCCCCAAUUGUCUGUCGAUUUUUCUUCUCUCCUUCAUUGACAGUUCAAUCUUCCAUCUCAUCAAGACACAAUGGCUUCUACCGCUGGCAAGACCAUCACUUGCAAGGCCGCCGUCGCCUGGGAGGCCGGCAAGCCUCUCUCCAUUGAGGACAUUGAGGUCCUUCCCCCCAGGGCCAACGAGGUCCGUAUCCAGAUCUACUACACUGGUGUUUGCCACACAGAUGCCUACACUCUGUCCGGUAAGGACCCCGAGGGUGCUUUCCCCAUCGUCCUCGGACACGAGGGUGCUGGUAUCGUCGAGUCCAUUGGCGAGGGCGUCACCAACGUCAAGGUCGGCGACCACGUCGUCGCUCUCUACACCCCCGAAUGCAAGGAGUGCAAGUUCUGCAAGUCCGGCAAGACCAACCUCUGCGGCAAGAUCCGAGCCACCCAGGGCAAGGGUCUGAUGCCCGAUGGCACCUCUCGAUUCCGAUGCAAGGGCCAGGAUCUGCUCCACUUCAUGGGCACUUCCACCUUCUCCCAGUACACUGUCGUCGCCGACAUCUCGGUCGUCGCCAUUGAGCACGAUGCUCCCAUGGACCGAACCUGCCUGCUCGGCUGCGGUAUCACCACCGGUUACGGUGCUGCUACCAUCACCGCCAACGUCCAGGAGGGCGACAACGUUGCCAUCUUCGGUGCCGGCUGUGUCGGUCUGUCCGUAGUCCAGGGUGCCGCCGCCCGCAAGGCUGGCAAGAUCAUCGUGGUUGAUGUCAACCCCUCCAAGAAGGCUUGGGGUGACAAGUUCGGUGCCACUCACUUCGUUAACCCUCUCGACCUUGACGGCCAGACCAUCCAGGACAAGCUCAUCGAGAUGACUGACGGUGGCUGUGACUACACCUUCGACUGCACUGGCAACGUCGGUGUCAUGCGCGCUGCCCUCGAGGCUUGCCACAAGGGUUGGGGUGAGAGCAUCAUCAUUGGUGUCGCUGCCGCUGGCCAGGAGAUUUCCACCCGACCAUUCCAGCUUGUCACUGGUCGUGUGUGGAGGGGAUGCGCUUUCGGUGGUGUCAAGGGCCGCUCUCAGAUGAACAGCCUCGUCGCCGACUACAAAAACGGCUCUCUCAAGGUCGACGAGUUCAUCACUCACCGCAAGGUGCUUGGUGAGAUUAACAACGCCUUCGAGACCAUGAAGCAGGGAGACUGCAUCCGUGCCGUCGUCGACAUGCAAAAGCUUGACCCCAAGAUUUAAUGACCCCCAAAAUGUAGUAUAAAUGAAUGAUAAUUGAGUAACGACGAGUCUAUUUGACC